CAACGAAAGGAUGUUUAUGCCGAAGGAACAUCGCCUCGCCAUUUACAAGCUGCUCUUCGCGGAAGGUGUAAUGGUGGCUGAAAAGCACCACGAUCGGAAGAAGAUGCACAGGGAGCUGAAGCUGAUCCCGAAUCUACACAUCAUCAAGACGAUGACGUCCCUCGUAUCGAAGCAGUACGUGAAGGAGUGCUACUGCUGGAACCACUACUACUGGACCCUAACCAACGAGGGCAUUAUUUAUCUGCGCGACUAUCUUCAUCUUGCGCCACAGUUGGUUCCCACGACCUUAAUCGCCCGUCCCCGUUUGGUUCCGAAUGCUGUGAGCUUUGAUCAGAAGGAUCGUGGUGUUGCGAGCGCACGUCCCGCCGAAGACCGUGGCGUCUAUCGUCGUCUGGAGCGUCCAGCAACGUCAAUAUGGAACAAGCGUGAUGAUGCGGGUGUCGGCUCGAAUGAUCUUGUGUUCCGCGGUGGAUUUGGGCGCGGAAACCGUAAUGACAACAAAUAG